UGCAUGCGUGUGUGCGCCCACGGCCGGCUGCAGCUGCCGCCGCCGCCGCUGUCACUUGCCAACCGCAGAUACACCUGGAUGCAAUCGGCGGGCGGACAGAAAGGAAAGGACGCUGCCAUCACGCACGGGAGAAUGACACGCAUCAGCUGAGCGCACAUGCCUAUCACAUAGACAGAUGGAGCCAACCCUGACCCCUCGCCUCGCCUUGCCUUGCCUCGCCUCGCCUCGCCUGCAGAGAUGCCAAGCGAAUCAAUGACUGACUAAAGGUGAUGUGGCCCUCCAUUUGCAAAUUGUAUUCAUGCAAGCACCAAGGUGAACGAGGAUCCGGCCUUUCUUCCGGCUCGGGACCUGAACGGACUGGAAAAGUGCCGCCGCGGGCAAAACAAUAAUACGCAGCCAAGUGCUUUUAGACAUACACAGCAUUGCCUCUUAUUCCCAUGGCAAAGCCUCUCAAGAGAGCCGGGGGGCCUCGAGGUUAACAUUCCCCCGGCUCAAACCCCUGGACUUGCCUUUCCUAACUGCGCCAGCUGUCAGCGAAGGUGACACGGCUUGAAAGGAUUCUGAAGUGGAUUCUUUAUCCUCUGCGGUGGUGGCGGCGGCGGCGGCCAUAUUCAUCAGGCUGGGCGUGGCAGCAAGAUGCCUGAACUGGACCAUAUGCCCCCCCUGAGCAGACCGCGGGGCCCCGAAAUGGGCCUCCACGGUCCCGCCGACCCAAUUCAAAUUCAGCACGGCAUCCUGGAGGAACAAGUGGAGCUGUGGUGGUUCCGAGAACCCGGCAAGUCUCUGCUGUGCUAUUCCAUCGCCGUCUUUCUCAUCGUGGGCUGCGGACUGGGAGGCGUGGGCCUCCUCUCCACCACCACCAGCGUGUCCAGCGAAUGGCGGCUGGGCGCCGGCACGGCCCUUUGCCUGCUCGCCUUGGGGGUUUUGCUCAAACAACUGCUCAGCUCGGCCGUGCAGGACAUGAAUUGCAUUCGCAGCCGACGGCAGAUCGACAUGCUGAAAAGCGGAGGAUUGUCGGAUUUCCUGGUGGUUUUGAUCGCUGGGAUGUCCCUGCUCAUUUGUGGAGGGGUUCUACUGCAUCUGGCCCUAGCGAACCACAUGCCUAAACCCGGACAAGCGCUCAACGAUAUGUACAUAUCUGGCGUGGUGUUGCUGACUGGAGGAGGGGCCGCCGUUGUGGGCGUUGGAAUUUACUCUCUGGCCGUCUUCCUGCUUGAGAGAACGCGACACGGACGAAGGGUUGUCGACACCGUUUUCAACAUCUUCACCAUCUCCGGACAUAUGGACCACCGGGCUCGCGGAGAAACUACCUCCAGUCUGGCUAAUCUCAUAUGAAAUUAAAGAGCGCAGCAAUGACAAAACAGACUGAAAAGGUAAACUAUUAACAAACUGCGUCGUCUCCCGUUGUAGUUUGGGUACAUAUGUAUAACAAGUACAGAGCCGUGCAAUGUGCCUCGAAAAGAUCAAAUCAGCGCAUUGGGCUCAGCUUCCAAUGUUCAUUGUGAGAAACAAUGUGAUCGCUCAACAGUACAAGGCAAAAUGGCAGGCCGUGAGAUGG